AUGGAGACGGAUAGUUGUUUGUCUUUCUGUUCGCAACAAAACAGAAGAAGCCCAGACACCCCGCCGGCUCUGGAGCACAGCUCCAGCUCCUUCCACCCGGGCGAAGACCUGCAGAGCCCCCCGCACCACCCUCAUCCGCACCGGCUGAGCUUGCGGACCGACUUCUACGGGACCCCGGGCGUAGGGAGGUUCGCUGACAGCGCCGCGGACUUUACGCACAACGUCGCCACGACAAACCCAAGCGCGUCACCCCACAAACUGCAGAGUAAAUACCUGGAAAAUAUCAAUCAAGGCCAAAAGGGUUUAUCAAUAAGCGGGAAAUCCUUUUAUGAGAACAAUCCAGAAGGUGGAGAGAAGGGGCUGCCCAAGUCUCUGGGGUUCCCGGCUCUGGACUCGGAGUGCUGUGUUAAGCUGAAGGCCCCGUCGGCCGCCCUGCCCGGGGACUCCAUCGCCGACUCCAUCGACCUGUCGGGGAAGAGCAAGAAGCGGAGGAACCGCACCACCUUCAGCACCUUCCAGCUGGACGAGCUGGAGAAGGUGUUCCAGAAGACGCACUACCCCGACGUCUACGCCCGCGAGCAGCUGGCCCUGCGGACCGAGCUCACCGAGGCCCGCGUGCAGGUGUGGUUUCAGAACCGACGGGCCAAGUGGAGGAAAAGGGAGCGUUAUGGCAAGAUCCAGGAGGUGCGCAACCACAUCGCUGCCACAUACGACAUCUCCAUCCUGCCCCGCUCUGACACCUACCCUCAGAUGCAGAACAACCUGUGGCCGGGUACCAGUGCUGGGGGGGCAGGCGGGGGCUGUGUUUUAGGAGCUGACGGGGUGCCCCCCUCCUGCAUGAGCCCCUACUCCCAUACCCAUGGCAACCUCCCAGGCUUCGUGGGCAUGUCUGCUUCUCCCAGCCACGCCCACCACCACCACCCUCACCACCCCGGGAUCAACGGCCUGUACUCCCUGCACAGCUUCCCCGGGGGCCUGGGGCCCCACCCCUUCGAACCCGCGUCCGAAUCCGAGUACAAGCCCUCAGGCCUGGUGGCACUGCGGAUGAAAGCCAAAGACCCUGGCGGCCUGCUCUCCUGGCCCACAUGACUGCAGCAGUGAUCUCAAACCCACAUAACUGCAGCAGUGAUCUCAAACCCACAAUGAUUGCAGCAGUGAUCUCAAACCCACAAUGACACACAU